AUGACCUCAAACAUGGUUGGAGGUGCACUGAAGACGGCCUUCUCUCUUCUGCUGCUUGCCUCUAUUGUACAAGGGCUCCGUGAUGUUGAUCUGUUCCAUAAUGAAACGGUGGAAGCAGUAGUCGGCCAGAACGUCAGCCUACCUUGUAUAGUGAGAAACAUCACCAAUCUAAAAGUUGUCAAUACUGAAUGGAGUAAAAGAGAAAAUGAAAUCAUAAAGCUGGCUCUGUACACACCAGGUUUUGGACUCCGUCAGUUUAGGCCUAAUGUUAGCAUCCAGACUGUGUACAAUGAUGCAAAGAACUUCAUGGGCUCCUAUCUACAGCUUUAUGAGGUGGAGAGAGAGAACAGUGGCAUCUAUGUUUGUGAUAUUACAACUUUUCCUUUCGGCUCCGUCAGGGUUGAAACAGAGCUAAAGAUCAAAGAUGCUGUCAGAAUAAUGUGUGAUGCUAAUAACACUGUUGAAGUCCAGUCUGGAGAAAAUGUGACCAUUCACUGUGAGGUGUCCCAAAAAGCACAUUGCACGUGGACCAAGAACAAGAAGCUGGUGUCACAGAGUGAAUCUCUGGAGCUCUGGUGGGUGACUUCUGCUCACGCAGGCCUUUACACACUGACUGUCAAUACAGGAAGUGAAACAGUGCAUAAGAAGUUCUACAUCACAGUCCUAGCAACAACUACAAGCCCAAAGAGAGAUCUUGCAGACAGCAGCGUUACAUCACAGACCUCUGAGCUUCCUCCUACUGACAGCAGUGUAACUUGGACCACAGCUGUGGGCAGUGAUGUGACCAGAUAUGACUUGAGGUCAGAGGAGUCUAGCACCUUGAGAAGCAGUACAGCAAACUCUUCAACACCAGGUGCAACCACAACUCUGAGUCUGAGCGCUGGAAAUACAACAGAAGCCACUCAGUAUAACGGUUCUUCACAAACUUAUUGGUGGUUGGUGUUCAUCAUCGUUCUGUUACUGAUCAUCGUGGCUGUCUGUCUGUACACGAGACGAAUCAGAAGGGAGAGGUGA